AUGUGGGCGAGUGCAGAAGGUGGUGCUCCAGAGGUUACUCUGGAAACUUCCAUGGGUUCCUUCACCAUCGAGCUUUACUACAAGCAUGCACCUAGAACUUGCAGGAAUUUCAUUGAACUCUCUCGUAGAGGUUACUACGACAAUGUUAAAUUCCAUAGAAUCAUCAAGGAUUUUAUUGUACAAGGUGGGGAUCCUACUGGGACUGGAAGAGGAGGAGAAUCUAUAUAUGGUGCGAAAUUUGAAGAUGAGAUUAAACAAGAGUUGAAGCAUACUGGAGCUGGAAUUUUGUCAAUGGCUAAUGCUGGUCCUAAUACUAAUGGAAGUCAAUUCUUUAUCACUCUCGCACCGUGCCCUUCUCUGGAUGGAAAACAUACAAUAUUUGGAAGAAUAAGUCGGGGAAUGGAAAUCAUCAAAAGACUUGGCAGUGUUCAAACAGAUAACAAUGACAGGCCCAUUCAUGAUGUGAAGAUACUCCGGACGUCAGUCAAGGAUUGA